AUGGUUUGUAAAAAGAAUAAAAGACAUAUUCAAUUUACACUAUCGGUCAAUAAGAUCCAGUUCAGAAGCUUUACAGUAAUAGAUACAGAAAUACAAAAACUUGUACGUCAAUGUCUAAUAGUCGAUAAAAUUUAUGAAGUAUUAUCAUAUGAUCGAAAAAAUAAUUGUAUAGUUGGCUUCAUCACUCAAGUGGAAAAAAGUAAAAAAGGAUGGUUGAGCCAUAGAUCAGUUGCGAUAUUAUACCAAGUGAUAACUACAGAAAGAGUAGUAGAUUUACUUAAUGAUGCUGAAAAUAAGGAUCCUGAAAUGCGUGAACAAAUAAUCAUUUGA